AUGACAAUAUUCAUCAUUUUCAUAGCGUUUCCUCUGCAAAUUCUGUCCAGCUGCUCACCGGGAGAGCAGGUGAAAAUUUCCAAAGGGUUGCUCGACCAAUUCGUAGCAGGCUGCAUCGCCGACUGUCUCGGCUUGGACAGGGCGGGUAACGAUUUCCUCGGCGAGAAAUGUCCUGUAAAUAGGACAUUUGAACAAACCUUGGAAGCUUCGAAUCAGAAAAUUAUGUUUUGCAAUGUUUCAAACGAGAAUAUUAACACUGCCUCGAAACACAAGCUGUGCACCCACGCAGCUUUCGGACCUUGGUUCACGUUCAAUUGGGCCAAAACUGAUUUUGAGCCAAUGCGAAACGUCAUAGGCCAGCAAUUAAAAUGGAAAGAAACUGCGCAGCAACGGGGUGUCAAGGCGAUCCUCUCUAUAGGCAGUUUAACUCCCGAGGGAGGAUUGAAUCCUGCAAACUGGUCCAUUCUGGCCGCGAAUCCGGAUUCGAGGAAAAUUUUAACAGGACUGUUGGUCAAGUUGAUGGACGAUAACAAGUUUGACGGAAUUAACGUGAAUUGGCGGUACAGUGGCUGCCCAAAUGAAGUCUGUUCCGCGGGAAACAGAAAGGACAAAGAAAAUUUGGUAUUGUUGAUGAAAUCACUUUUCGCUGCCGUAAAAGAACGAGGAAAGCUGCUGUUUUUGCUGUUACCAAUGGGGGACGUGUACCUGAGCACAGGAUACGAUCUGGUGAAUUUAUGGAGCCAAGUCGACUACUUUUUCCUCGAGACCUUUCAUUUGAAUGACGACGCGAAUCCUUAUUUGGAUUACACAGCAUCCUCACUCAGAGUCAAAUAUUUCAUGCUCCCAGUACAGCAGUACUUAACAGGUCCAACCAAAAUGAAAAAGGUCCUCACUGGCUUCACUUCCGACGUAGUUCUGUACAAAUUGUCCAAGUCGACUCCGGCGCCUAAAUUGAAAGACAGCAGCGUGAGCAUUUCUUCCCAGCUGCAUUUUAAAAAAGUGUGCAAAAGUGUGCGUCAGGAAAAUUUUAAAUUGUUGCUCGAUGACACGAACGGCAAUUUUGCGCACAACACGACGCACGUCUACGUUUACGAAGACUACAAUUCUCUGAAAAUGAAGGUUGAAUUUGUCAAAUCGACCGGAAUGGCUGGAAUGUACUUUGACGGAAUUGUUCAAGAUGACGUUUCAAACGAAUGUGGAUGCGGGCCGAUGCCGCUUUUGAGAAUUGCCUCAGAACUUUUACACGGCGGAGGCUGUGUCGUGAAACAGUGUUUGAAUUGACAAACUGCUUUAUGUAGGAUAUUAAAAGUAAA